GGGGUUAAUGAGGGCUGCUGGGGGUGUGGCCUGGUGGCUGGCUGGCUGCCCGCUCUCCUCAUCCAGGGAUUGUGAUGCAUCUGCACCCACUAUUCAAUGGACAAGGUAGAUCACGGGAGCUCAAAAUGGCCGCCGGCGUCAUACAGAACCUAAGUAAAUUCCGGCUGCCCAUGGCCUUUCAGCAUUCGUUCCAGCCCACCUCCACCUGCCAGGAGAUGGUUUUCCAAGACUCAUCCGAGGAGGAAGAAAUGGAGGAGGAGGAAGAAGAGGAAAGGGAUGACACAGAUCCAGAGGACAGCCCGCAGACCCUCAGUCCGGGUCGAGGGGAACAGGCUGCCUCAGACGAGCCCAGCUUGAGCAAUGCGGAAAUGACCCUGCAGCUCCUCCAGUUUGCGGAGCGCAUCAGUGAUGACAUCCAGAGGUAUUUUGGUCGCAAGAACAAAGAUGAAGAGGGAGACCCGCAGAACAUCUACGACGACCGUGGGUCCCUGCAGCUGUCGGGUCGGGUCUUGUACUACGCGGACUUGGUCAGGAUGUCACAGAGCGGGGAACCGGAGGAAGGGGACGAUUUUUUGGCCACCCCAAAGACACUGGACCCACAACUGUGGAAGUGCCUCUGUGGCAAAGACGGGGCGGGGAAGCUGGGGCCCUUGGCCGAGCUCUUUGAGUAUGGCUUGUGCCAGUACAUGGAGCAUCGCGCCAGCUCCAAAGGCCAGAACUCAAGGGUGGGGAGGAAGUACGCCCACGUCACCCCCAUGCAGAGCAGGAAGCUCCCCCAGUCCUUCUGGAAGGAGCCAUCUCAAAGCCCCAUCGGCCUCCUCAACAGCAACCCCCCCGAUUUCAGCGACCUUUUGGCCAACUGGACCUGUGAAGCCAGUCAGGAAGGACUUCUGGCUGGCCGAGAGCUUGUGAGCGAGAUUCACCAGCGGGCAGCGGACGCCGACCAUUUCGGCGGUCUGUGAAGAUUGGGCUGGAGCUCACAAAAGGUUAAAGCAUGGACCAGGCUGAACCAGGGUCAAAUCCCCAUUCUGCCACAAAACUCGCUGGAGGACUGUAGUGUAGACCACGUGCUAACUCUUGGCCUAACCCAGGGCUUCUUUUGUAGCAGGAACUCCUUUGUAUAUUAGGUCACACACCCCUGAGGUAGCCAAUCCUCCAAGAGCUUACAGGGCUCUUCGAACAGGACCAACUGUAAGCUCCAAGAGGAUUGGCUACCUCAGGGGUCUGUGGCCUAAUAUGCAAAGAAGUUUCGGCUAUAGAAAAGCCCUGGCCUAACCUACCUCACAGGGUUGUUGUGAGGAUAAAUAGAGGAAGGGAAUACCAUAUAAUCUGUCCUGUGCAUAAAUAAAGGGGGGAUACACAUGUAACAAUUUUUUUUUUUAAUGAGGGUGGGUCACUCUUAGUCAUCUGGGAGUCUUCUUUCCUCAAUCUGUGGAUUUGUAAAAAAAUAUAUAUAUAUAUGACUA